AUGCCCGGGUCUUAGCGCCGGACCUAGCGACCUGAGAGAAAAACCUGAGGAGAGGCCGGAAGCACUCGGAAGUCAGGUGCUCUCCGGGCCUCGCGAAUGAUUGGCUUGGAAGGACGUGAAUGAUGCCGCUGUGAUUGCUGAAUCGUCUGUGCAGGAUUUGGAGUCUCUGGUAAGCUCCUGUGACCUGUGUGUCCCUUCGAAGAGAAGGAAGAGGGAGAGAUCUGCUUUCUCUGGAAUCCAGUGGUCACAUCCCUACCUGGAACCCUGAAUGCCCAUCUGAGGUGUCGUCAACAUGGAGUUCUGAAGUCCAUGUGGUUCCUCACAGUGAACCAGGUCUUAAGGAAAAUGCAGAGACGCCACAGCAGCAACACAGAAAACGUUCCACCUGAAAGAAAUCGCAGCCAAGCGCUCAGCUCCGAGGCGAGUGUGGACGAAGGCGGCGUCUUUGAGAGUCUGAAGGCAGAAGCAGCCUCCCCACCAGCGCUCUUCUCAGGCUUAUCCGGCCUCCCGGCAGGCAGCCUCCCCACCACCCCGUUCCCAUCCAGCCUGGUCCUGGGGGCCGCGGCCGGCGGUGGGGACGUGUUCCUGCAGAUGCCGGCGUCCAGGGAGGAAGGCGGGGGCCGCGGCGAGGGGGGCGCCUACCACCACCAUCGCCAGCCCCACCACCACUUCCACCACGGCAGCCACCGCGGGGGCUCCCUGCUGCAGCACGUGGGUGGGGACCACCGCUCACACUCGGACGAGGUGGGUGAUGAGCAGCCCGGGACACCCGCCCCGGCCUUGUCCGAGCUGAAGGCCGUGAUCUGCUGGCUCCAGAAAGGGCUGCCCUUCAUCCUCAUCCUCCUGGCCAAAUUGUGCUUCCAGCAUAAGCUCGGCAUUGCCGUGUGCAUCGGAAUGGCCAGCACCUUCGCCUAUGCCAACUCCACGCUCCGGGAACAGGUCUCUCUAAAGGAGAAGAGGUCGGUGCUGGUCAUCUUGUGGAUCUUGGCCUUUCUAGCGGGGAACACCCUUUAUGUGCUCUACACAUUCAGUUCCCAGCAGCUGUAUAACAGCCUCAUAUUCCUGAAGCCCAACCUGGAGAUGCUGGACUUCUUCGACCUGCUAUGGAUUGUGGGCAUCGCAGACUUUGUGCUCAAGUACAUCACCAUUGCUCUCAAGUGCCUCGUCGUGGCCCUGCCUAAGAUCAUCCUGGCCGUCAAGUCCAAGGGAAAGUUCUAUCUGGUCAUCGAGGAGCUGAGCCAGCUGUUCCGAUCUCUCGUUCCCAUCCAGCUGUGGUAUAAAUACAUCAUGGGUGAUGAUUCCUCCAAUAGCUACUUCCUGGGAGGGGUCCUGAUCGUCCUCUACAGCCUCUGCAAGUCCUUCGACAUCUGUGGCCGUGUGGGCGGAGUCAGGAAGGCCCUGAAGCUUCUCUGCACUUCUCAGAAUUACGGAGUCCGGGCCACGGGGCAGCAGUGCACAGAAGCUGGUGACAUCUGUGCCAUCUGCCAGGCUGAGUUCCGAGAGCCUCUGGUCCUCAUGUGCCAGGAGGUGAUUCUGACGUCAUCGGUGACUCAAGUAUGUAGUGUGUUUCAUUUGGACUGCGUUGAGGAUGCUAAUAGCGAAUGCCAGCUCCGGAAAUCUAGUUGUGACUGGGUUCAUGGAAAAAUCUGGUCCUUAAAGUUGCUGUUUAGCUGGACUCCUGCCAGGGAUGCUCAGUUGUGAUGGGGUAUCUUCCAGGUGGCGCAGUGGUAAAUAAUCCAUCUGCCAGUACAGGAGACAUGGGUUUGAUCCCUGGGUGGGGAAGAUCCCCUGGAGUAGGAAAUGGCAACCCCCUCCAGUAUUCUUGCCUGGGCAAUCCCAUGGAUGGAGGAGCCUGGCGGGCUGCAGUCCAUGGGGUCGCAAAAGAGCCAGACACAACUGAUGGAGCACGGCAUAUGGCAUGUCAAGAAAGGCCAGUUCUGGAGACUCCCCCGGAGGCAGUGGUUACGACUCUGUGCUCCCAGUGCAGGGGGCCUGGGUUUGAUCCCUGCUCAGGGCGCUAAGAUCCCACAUGCCAUGGGACGUGACCCAGAAGUGAAAAAAGAGAAAGGCCGGCUCUGGUCCAGAUGCAGGUGUCACUGGGUGUCCCUUCCCGUCUUUAUUUCUCUCCUCCUUUUGUCCUGUCCCUCAUUUAAGUCUCAGACUUGUCAACAGCUCCUGCGGCCAUUGCCUUCUCCCCUGGUAGCCUUCAGAGCAAAAGGCAAGAUCCUUGUUACAGAUUUUUUUUUCCCACAAGCCAGUAUGCUGGCAGAGAGCACAGCAGCGAUCGGUGUUUCCUGGAAUGUCUCUACCAGAGCUCCCAAUCUCUGUAACACAAGCUCUCCACCCAUGAGACCCUGCUCUGAAAUCUGGGAGGAGAAGGCACAAGUGGUCCCUUGGAAGCCACUGGAAUCUUGCCUGGCCUACCCGCCCUCCCAGUGCUAUUCACUCACUGUCAACCUCAGCACCACAGGCUGGUGCCAGCAGCAUUACAGAGAGAGCAGUCUGGGUGGCUACUGAGCAGAUUAGCAAGAAAGUCCUGAGAGAAAUGGUGGGAGCCUUGCUGCCACCUCACCCUCAGCCAGGCUGCUCAUGCCCAUCCCAUCCCCAAGACAUUCAGGACAUUCACCCCUUUUGUGCUAUCAAGUCAGGACCUUUCCUUUGCCUGACUUCCCUGGCUCUUUCCUGAUACCCAGCAAGACAUCCCUUCCAGGGCAGCAUGGCAUCUUUCAAGCUCUGUUACUAUGGUAAUGGCCGUGAUGUUAACAAUCCCACUUGCCUGGAUAAUCAAGUCGGAAGGGGAAGUGGGGCCAGGCGGAUUUGGCUGCUCUGCCCCCUCUCCCCUCUACCCCCCACCCCCACCCUGCUGCCUUGAGGAAGAACUGAAGGGACACACCAGGAGCUUCUACAGCUGAUUUUUAUCAGAAGGAUCAUCCUGCCUGCAGAUGCCAUCAAAGAAGCAUGAGAAAAUGCCACUGAAGAAGACUUAUUAAUGUGCCAGCAUGUGAUGGCGCAGACAGAGCAGUCUGCUGGGAGUCAGGCCUGGAAUUCUGAUUUCAGACUCCGCAUGGCUUUGGGAAGUCACUUUGCCUCCCUGUAGCCAUCUCCAGGGUGACAAAGCCUAGUGCAUUAUCUACGGGAACCAGGGAAACCAGCAAUGUAGAUUACUGAUGAAUACCCCAACCAUUUUGUCAAUUAUACUCAUGCCACCAAAAAAAAAUAUUGAACAUUCUGCAAAUAAUGAGCUGUGUCUCAGACACUAAAGAGUGUCAUAUGCGGGGGACACUCGAGGCGGGGGCAGGUGGGAUGAUUUAGUUUAGAUUUUUAUUUAUUCAUCCCACCCUCUGGCAGAAAGUCACGUUCUGGAGGUUUCCUUUUGGAGUGGGAGGAUUUAACUUCUGCUUAAGGCAGAGAAACAGAGGCCAGGGCAGAGGUUUCCAGACAUCAAGCUGCAUGUUAUCCCUAACACGAGAUUUUAGUAAAAGCAGCCAAGAGUCACCAUUGGAAAGGAAGAGUAAUGCCACUGUCUUUUAUCCACCUUGGCUCUGCAAACUCAUUUGUUAGAGGCAGGGUUAAUUGAGUGUCAGGUGGGAGAGUCCUGCUCUUAAUAUUUUAUGAUUCACUGGCUAAAGUUCCACGGAGUCCUUGGAAAUGGCUCUCCUAAUGUAAAAGAUCUUGAGCGUAAUAAAUAUGAAAUAAAAAAAAAAAAAAAACCAUGCUUUGGACCUGGAUGUCAUAAGUUCAUUAUCUUCCUAAGGGGAGCAUGUAAGAGGCAUGGGAAGACUUCCAAGAUGCCAAGACUUGGGGUUGGAAAUAGGAAAUAUAAAGUGAGUCCUAGAAUCUUAUAGUAUGUUUGCUCUGGGCCAAACAGAGCCGCCUUUGGUGUGUUUAACAUCUCCUUAAGUUGCCGUCUGCCAAUAAAUAUGAUGUGUUGAUGAAAGUUA